AGGGAAUUUGAACUACAAGUCCCAGCAUACAUCUUACCGACCCACCUCCUCAGUCCCUGCUCCCUCCCUCGACCGCCCCUGUUUUGUUGUUUGGCUAAAGAUGGCGUUAGCGGCUAACACAGACGAUUGGAUUUUGUUUCACAAAAAUUAUUCGGCCAGUGGUAACAAAACAUUGAUCAAAUAGAGCUUUAAUUCGUCAUUUGAUGUGCCAAAAUAUGUUACACUGAGCAAAUACACGUCCAUUACGUAGAAUAACGUUUGUGCGGCCUUCUUACGAUGUAGGCCCGUUUUUUAGGGAGUGGACCGAAGCGAUUGGAACUCCAUCUCCCGUCAGGGAGUGCGGCGUCAGGUGGUACAACUUUCCUUUUUCACGGUAUCUGUAGUUUUCUGACCGCACCAGAAUGUUAAUUUUGCGGAAACUUUGAAAAGAUAUGAAGUGACUCAUUAAGAGCACAUACUAGCUAACAAUUUAAAGCGAAAGGACUAUGCUAUUUAAUUUCUCAGUGUUUCGUUUGAAGCAUCCGGUAAUGCUCCACAGUGUGUUGAAUAUCAGUAUAAACUGUGAGGAGGAACAUUAAGAUAAUUGAACCUGCAGCAGUACCAUGGCUGCAUCACCUGUUCAGGGUGACUGGAAACCACCUCGAACCUCCAGAGAAGGGCACCAAUCAUCACCAGAGUCUUCUUUGACGUGGUGCCUGGCACACCUCUGCAAACCUGGAUCAAAGGCUGAACAUCACUGCCAUGGCAAGGCAGACACAGGCGGUGGUAGAGAAAUGGAUAAGAAGUCCAGAGUCUUUCAGUGGCGAGCCCUGGUUGCUAUCCGGACGCAGCACAUCAAGGGUGACAAGGCUGGCAUUGCCAGAUUCAGAACUCAAGGUGGUCUCAAACCCCUGCUGGACCUGCUCAAACACCCAGAGUGCUCCAGGAAAACCCUUGACCUGGCUCUGAGCAUCCUGGCAAACUGCUGCACUGAGCUGGAGACACGUGUAGAGGUUCGCAAGCUUGAUGGAAUAAAUAUAGUAGUGGAGAUCCUGAAGAGAAAUGUAGCCCUGGAGACGGUCCAGAACAGAGCAGCCCGGGCUUUGGGAAAUUUGGCCAUGGAUCCAGAGAGCUCUGCACUUAUCCACUCUUCCGGUGGUGUUCCUCUUCUCCUCCUUUGUGUGUCUAUUUCUUCUGGCCCGUCGUCCCCCACUGCCGUUCCCCCCAAAGAACAGUGUCCUAAACUGGAGUGUGCUCAGUCGGCUGCUCGGGCUCUCCUCUACCUCUCAGAUACGCCCUCCAACCGCCUCUCACUACUCACCCAAGGGACCUUAUCUGCUCUCGCCCCUCUCAUCGCUCCAGAAUAUCCCCAGGCGCUGAGACGUGUGGCGCUCAGGACCCUCCACGAGCUGACCCGGGGCUGUGGUGUUGAAUGCGCCAGGGAGUUGUCCCGUUCUGGAGUCCUCAAUCAGCUCGGUGUCAUGGCGUCAGGGGAGGCGGGUAAACCUUUUGAGGAGCUGGCACUGAAAACCCUGGCCAACAUGUGCUCCCAAGGCUGCCUGCGCCCUUUUGUGGGGUCACUGGGGAUCAUUCGGAAGUUCACUGAGGAGGUGAAGAAGGACCCACUGAGGUCUGGAGUCUUCCUCAAGGCGCUGUGCUUGUGCUGCAAGGAGGCGGUUAACCGUGCUAAGGUGAAGGAGAGUGGUGGACUGGAGGUGCUCAUUAGCUUUUUGGCUGCCCAUCAGAGUCACCCUCUUUCCCGACUAGCUAUCCUGGCGUGUGUAGACUUUGUUUUUGAUGAAUCCGCUAUGGACCAGUUGCAAGAGUUAGGGCUGGUCCCUCUGCUUAUUUCACGACUAGUCGAGCUCACCAGAGGUGAGGAACAACCCGCUGAGAAGAUAGAUUUAAGCCUCUCCUCCACCAUGUCUCCCACUGAGCUCAUGCCUUCUUCAUGUUUUGAGUCCUUUGACUUUCCUCCUCCUGAGGGCUGCAAAAAGGAGGAGGCUGGUAGGGAGCAAGGUUCAUCAAGCUUUUUAAGUCUCAGGUCCUGGUUGGUGUCUGAGGGAUUGAUCUCUUCGGAGGGGGAACUGCUGGCUUCCUCUGGUGUUGAAGGGGAAUGGGGGGGUCUUCAGAUCCCUCUGUCUUCAUCCCCUCAAACUUCUUCCCCAAACUCCAAUUCCCUUUUCUCUCUUAAAAACUCUUCUCCAUCCAAUCCUAUUGCCUCUUGUAAAAAAGCAGCUCAGCCUUCCUCUGUGUCCUCUUCGGCCCAGCCCCAAAUGUCAUCCUCACUGAAAAACACUGAUCCGCCUCCUUCUAGUCCUCAACUUUCCACUGCACUCACACCCCAAACCGAUACCAGUUCCUCCACCAUCUCCUCAACCUCUAAAACAACCCAAACACCAGUCUCUCCGUCAAAGUUCUCAUCCCCUCACAGAAGGAGGCAGCGUGCUCAUUCAGCAGCUUGUUUGACUAAAGUCACUCUUGAUACCCCACCCUCUGUGCCUCGACCAAUGGCUUACCAACACCCCUACCACCCUGAACCCUGGACGCCCGAGUCGCCGAUCCUGCUGCUGCUGUCGCGCUUCUCCCACGCCACCGACCCAAGUGCGGCUCUGGUCAGCUCAGGUGUCAUGUCCGGCUUGCUCUACUACCUCACAAAGCACCAGGACCCCAGCAGCAGGUGCCUCCGUAUGCUUUGCCGGCUGAGCUGCAACCCAAACUGUUUGCAGGCGCUGGUCCGAACCGGCUCGGUAGCGCUGAUUCGUCACCAUCUCUGCCAGAGAGGGGGAGGAUUUGAGGGAGAAGAGAGGCAGACGGACCGAGUGAAAGCCAAAGUUAAACAACUUGGUCUUGCUCUUCUUAACAACCUGCGUGUCCAGUGUGAGUCUGGAUUUGGCUCUGGGGUUCUUGCGCAUGUGAUGCUGUCGGGCUCUGAGUCUGACAAGAUGAACUGUGCGCUAUCUCUGCCAUUAAUCAGCAGCAACAAGUCCCUGUUGAAGAAGCUACUUCUGGACAGCGGGGGGCUGCUCUUGGCUCUGCAGCCCCUUGGUUGCAGUUACGAAGAAGCGGAUGAAGACCACCCCGCUGAAUGUGUAAGAUUGCUUUCUGAUUGGUUAAAUUCACCACAUUCAGGCCGGACAGCUCAGCUCCACUCCCUGUACUUCUCCCUUCUUAUCGGAUGCCUGUCUACCCUGAUGGGUGGCAUCAAAAUGGAGCUUGAAAAAAACCACUUAAAUCCAGUUACAACACAAUCAGUCGGUAAAAUUGACGGAGUUUCACCCCCUCCCUCGAAAAAGCCUCGCCUGGCUGACAUCUGUCCUUAUGGAGACUCGAACUUUGACCUCCUCUUGCUGCUGGACGACGGGACUCGGGUCUCAGCCAAUAGGGAGGCUGUGGCCGGGGUGGAGGGGACAGACGGAGUCGGCUCUGAAUACUUUUGGGGUCUGUUGAGAGGUGGAUUUGAAGAAGCUCGGGGUAAAGCGGGAGAAGCCAUCCGCAUUGAAGAUGUCAGCACAGGUAUGCUGCUUCCAGUGCUGCAUUACCUGCAUGGAUGUCGCUUCACCAAGGACCCAGAAACAACAAGGGAAAAUAAUGAAAGAGAGAGAAGAGGAAAGUGUCAGAUCCUGGACACAUUGGUCCGUGAAGGACUGGGGAUCCACCAAAAAGACUUGGCUUUCCAGAAAACCGCUUUAGGCGAGAUGAUGAUUGGAGCGCGCAGAUUUUUGGUGACAGCGCUGCAGAGAGAGUUGGAGGACCUCUGUGUGUCUCUUCUCCUGCCAUCCUUCCCCAAGGCUGCAAGUCGUGCUGCAUCAGCUCCCAAAGAGGACAACGCUGAAAAGGCUGAAUCUAUAACAGACAAAGAGGGACUUGAGUCUGCAGAAGAGAGCCUGGCUAAUCGAACAUCUGAGUUAGAGUUGACCGGUUUUGAAGUCCAAACUGAAAAUUUACCAGGACAGACGAAGGACCCAAUAAUUUCCCUACACCAGACGGACAGUAAUGAAACCUCUUUCACUGGAAGAGUUCAAAAGGCCAGCAGAGGACUUAAUACAACUUCGGAUCAUAAGGCAAUCAAAAGCGACACACCUGUUUCCAAAUCAAUCCGUGUGUCAGUGGUGGGCAAAUCACUUAAUCCAGAUCAGUUCAGGUUAAGACCAAAGAACUUGAUGAAAAGUUCAGCACAGCUUCUGCAACAAGCAGCUCAAGACUCCAGUUUUUCUUCAGAAGCCAGUGCAGAAGGUAGGGCCCUGGCCGCUCUCCUCCCCCACAUAUACUGGUUUUCCCAGCGGUACAGCUAUCCAGCACUGGGUCGGGCCUGCCUGUCUUUGCUGCUGGGCUGUCAGGACUGUCCUCGGCCCUUCUUGUCCACCUCCCUUGCUGGGGAUUGCCUUUGCACGCUUGCCAGAGAGGCCGACUGUACGGAGACUCUGAAACAGGAUCUACUAAGUCUGGCCACAUUAGCCCUGACUUAAGCAAAGAGGGAAAUAUUGAGUGGAGUAAUUGGUGGGAUGAAUUCAGAGGGAAUAGAUAAAUGGAGAGUCAACUUCGGGGCUUGUUAUAAGCUUCUCGAAAAGUUGCCAUUAAUUUAUAAAAGUGCAAGUGCAGUUUUCAAAAACAGGUGUUUGAAUUUCUUCAGCACUAAUAGAACUGACUGUUGAUUUAUUUUCAUAAACUGGAAGCAUACAUUUCUAUUUAGUUUUGAUGUAAUCUGAUAUAAACUUUAGCCUGUCCCAGCAUGACAUAAUUGUAUUAUAAUUUACUGUUGUUGGAUUAACUUCUUGUAACAUUUGUAUUGUGAUUUUUUUUUCCCCCAGGAAAAAGUCAAGACAAAUGUCCACAAUGCAUUUGAUAGUGUCAUUUAGCUGGAUGUACUGGAAUUAUCAGGGUUGGUCUAGGAGCCAGUUGUUUAUUUUGUACAUAGAGAUAUUAUGAAUUAGCAGAUAUAAUAUGUAUAGAUUCCAACUGUUAUUACAUAUUAAUUUAUACCACUGAAUAUAUUGUUGGAACACCA